AUGAAAAGAAGUUACAACGACGGCGACAGCAACACCCAUAGCAGCAAUAGCAAUAAAGCGCCACGCCACCAAUAUGAUGCAAAUCCUUCAUCUGUAGCACAACAUUACAACGACCGGCCUGAUGUAGGUGUAGUGAAACGCAAAGAGUCUCGGAUCAUUCGACUUCGAAGCUUUAAUAAUUGGGUGAAAAGCGUCUUGAUCCAUCGAUACGUAAGACCUCGCCAAAACGUGUUUGAUAUGGGAUGCGGUAAAGGAGGUGAUUUGAUCAAAUGGGCCAAAGCGAGAAUACAGCAUUUGGUGGCAGCAGAUAUUGCCAAUGUGUCCUUGGACCAAAUGCGAAAGAGAUAUGAAACAUUGAGAGAUCGUACAUUUAGUGCUGAAUUUCAUGCCAUGGAUUGCUAUUCUGAGCUCAUUGCACCCAAAUUAGAUCGAAACAUGCGCUUUGAUACAGUGUCCAUGCAAUUCUGUCUGCACUACGCAUUUGAAAACGAACACAAGGCACGCAUCAUGCUCCAAAACGUCUCAUCACAAUUACGUCCUGGUGGCUACUUUAUCGGCACCAUGCCAGAUGCAAACUGGAUUGUGAAACGUGCGCGAGAAGAGCCUGUAGGGUCAUUUGGCUUUGGUAACAGUAUUUACAGUAUCACAUUUGAUCACAUCAAGGACGAGCAUGGCACCAAGACUGGAUUCACGCCCUUUGGCUGCAAAUACAUGUUUCAUUUGGUGGACGCUGUGGAUUGCCCUGAAUAUUUGGUGCACUGGCGCACGUUUGAAAAUCUCGCAGCAGAGUAUGGGCUCAAGCUUAAAUUCAAGGAAAACUUUCACGAUUUCUAUGUGUCUGCCUCCAAGGAAGAGGAACACGCUCGUUUACUCAACCGCAUUGGAGUGAUUGGAGGACAAGCACCUGAAAUGACUCAAGAGGAAUGGGAGGCAGCAGGCAUUUAUUUAGCAUUUGCAUUUGAAAAAGAGAUGAAAUAA